AUGCAGAUCUUCGUCAAGACCCUCACCGGAAAGACCAUCACCCUCGAGGUUGAGUCCUCCGACACCAUCGACAAUGUCAAGAGCAAGAUCCAGGACAAGGAGGGCAUUCCCCCAGACCAGCAGCGCUUGAUCUUCGCCGGCAAGCAGCUUGAGGAUGGCCGCACCUUGUCCGACUACAACAUCCAGAAGGAAUCGACCCUGCAUCUCGUCCUCCGCCUUCGUGGAGGUAUGCAGAUCUUCGUCAAGACUUUGACCGGCAAGACCAUCACUCUUGAGGUCGAGUCGUCCGACACCAUCGACAACGUCAAGUCAAAGAUCCAAGACAAGGAGGGCAUCCCUCCGGAUCAGCAACGCCUUAUCUUCGCCGGAAAGCAGCUUGAGGACGGCCGCACCCUGUCCGACUACAACAUUCAGAAGGAGUCCACACUGCACCUUGUCCUCCGCCUGCGUGGUGGCAUGCAAAUCUUCGUCAAGACCCUGACUGGCAAGACGAUCACGCUCGAGGUGGAAUCAAGCGACACUAUUGACAACGUCAAGUCGAAGAUUCAGGACAAGGAGGGUAUUCCUCCGGACCAACAGCGUCUCAUCUUCGCCGGAAAGCAGUUGGAAGACGGCCGAACGCUUUCAGACUACAACAUCCAAAAGGAGUCGACGCUUCACUUGGUGCUUCGUCUCCGUGGUGGUAUGCAGAUCUUCGUCAAGACUCUUACCGGAAAGACCAUUACAUUGGAAGUCGAGUCCAGCGACACGAUCGACAACGUAAAGUCAAAGAUCCAGGACAAGGAGGGUAUCCCUCCGGACCAGCAGCGUCUCAUUUUCGCUGGUAAGCAGCUGGAAGACGGCCGAACGCUUUCAGACUACAACAUCCAGAAGGAGUCUACUCUCCACCUGGUGCUCCGUCUUCGUGGCGGACAAUAA